CGAAACACGCGUGGUUUUGAAGUUUGCCCGAGUUUUCACAGUGAAGGUUGGGAUUCGUGAGAGCACGGUUUUUAUCGUUUUAACUAGUUUAUUCUACAUAAUGGAGCCUCAAAUGCUCGUAAACCAGGGUCUCAGCGAAAGCGUCGCUCAAAAGAUGUCUGAAAUUUUCGCUUGUGGGCUUCUUUCACCCGAGGAGCUCGAUGAUAGAGCGUUCGAAGCACUUCGCGAAUUCAACCAAGAAGGCGCUUUAGAAGUGUUAGAUCAGUUUGCAAACAGCGAUUUAUCUCAUGUGCAGAACAAGAGUGCGUUUCUUUGCGGAGUGAUGAAAACAUACGUGACAAAAUCUUCGUCGGGCGGCGAAGCCACAAGUAACGAAGCUUCGAGUAGAGCGGACGAAGGCAAGAUCAAGGCAUUGCUGGAAAGAACGGGCUACACUUUAGAUAUCACCUCAGGACAGAGGAAAUACGGUGGUCCACCGCCCGGCUGGGACGGCCCUGUACCUGGUACUGGUGGUAGCGAAAAAGGUUGCUGCCAGGUGUUUGUUGGAAAGAUUCCUCGCGAUUGUUUUGAAGAUGAGGUCAUUCCACUUCUUGAAGAGUGUGGUCAGAUCUACGACUUCCGUUUGAUGAUGGACCCUGAAUCAGGGCUGAACAGAGGCUUUGGUUUUUGUACGUAUACGACCAAAGCUGGAGCACAGAAUGCAGUCAAGAAACUUGAUAACAAAGAAAUCCGCCCAGGAAAGAAGUUGGGAGUUUGUGUCUCAGUCGCAAACAAUCGGCUCUUUGUCGGUUCCAUUCCUAAGAGCAAGUCCAAGCAAGAAAUCUUUGAUGAAUUUGGGAGAGUUACUUCAGAUCUGACCGAUGUGAUUGUCUAUCUGUCACCGGAACAAAAGGGUAGAAACAGAGGUUUUGCCUUCUUGGAAUAUGAAAGCCACAAAGCUGCAGCUUUGGCAAAACGUCGUCUUCAGAGUGGAAAGGUGUUCGUUUGGGGGAUGACUGUUGCUAAAGUUGAGUGGGCUGAUCCCCAGGAAGAACCAAAUGAGGAAGUUAUGGCCAAGGUGAAGGUGGUCUACGUCCGAAACCUUUCUCCCAAUAUUACAGAAGAGAAGUUACAGGAAGAGUUUGGACAGUAUGGAACUGUAGAAAGAGUGAAAAAGAUCAAAGAUUAUGCUUUUGUCCACUUCACUGAGCGCCAGAAUGCAUUAAGUGCCAUUGAAGCCCUUGACAAUCAAUUUUGGGAUGAGAUUGCCAUAAGUGUGUCCCUGGCAAAGCCUCAACCAGCCAACAAGGACAACAGACGGAGAGGAGGCCCUGGUAUGGGUCCAGGUCCUCGUGGCAACCAACCUCGUGGUGGAGGACCCAGAGGGAGAGGUCGUGGGAGAGGUGGAUAUGACCAAGGCGGAUAUGAUUACAGUGGUGGAUAUGACUCAUAUGGUGGAGGUUAUGGCGAUGAAAGUAAUUAUGAUAGUUAUUAUGAUGAUGGCAGCUAUGGUGGAAGUGGUUAUGGUGGUGGGUAUGGCAAUAGUGGGUAUGGCAGUGAUGGAUAUGGUGGAAGAGGAGGUUACUCCAGUCGUGGUGGGGGAAGAGGUGGUCCAAGAGGCUCGUACUCUCGUGGAGGUCAAGGUGGGCCAAGCAGGGGUGGAUCAAGUCGAGGUGGAAGCGGUGGUGGCUUUGGUCGUGGAGCUAGGGGUUCACGUGGUGGUCCACCAAGAGGAAGGGGUGGGGAAGGUGGAGGAAGGGGCUUUGGUCCACAGAAGCGCAAAUAUGGUGGUGACAGCUAUCAAGGGGGUGGUGGCGGUGGCUACUCUGAACCAAAGAGGCAGUAUGUUGAUUACAGUCACCAGUACGGCCAGCAGGAGUCACAGCAGCAGUGGGGCCAAGACUAUGGCUACAGUGACCAGGGUGAUCAGCAGUGGCACCAGGACAGCUGGUCACAGCAGCAGUGGAAUAAAUCUUAUGACUUCGGGGUCACCAAAGCCAUGUUCUACCAGCUGAGCUGUGCCUUUAUGAGAGUGUGUAGCAAGAGGCGAUUUAAAUGUGGCGCCAUUUUCGGAAUAGGUUUAGAGAAUGCAAUGAUUUUCGUCACUGAUGUCGUCACCAAGAAGAGAAAGAGAGACGCUGAUGUUCUCUCGGCUGUGGUCUCGGGUGGAUUGAGUGAGCUCGAGUCCACCCCUAAAAUCAUUCAACCACGUUGUUUUGGCGUCGGUCGAUUCUGCAGAGUUAGUGGCGGUGAAAAGUUUGGGUUACCAUUGAACAGUCUAGCCAUGGAAUCAACCCAAGAGUUGUCCGAAGAGGCGCAGCAACUCGUAAACGAAGGCCUGAGUGUUAAAGUUGCUCAAAGAGUAGGAGCGAUCUUUGCUACCGGUUCCCUUGCUCCUAGCGAGUUAGAUGACAGAGCGUUGGACGCUUUACGUGAAUUCAACGAAGACGGAGCACUAGAAGUCUUGGAUCAGUUUGGAAGUAGUGAUCUGUCCCACGUGCAGAAUAAAAGCGCAUUUCUCUGUGGUGUAAUGAAGACUUACCGCGAGAAAAACCGACAGAAAGCCCAGGGACACACUCCGGGCACCGAAGCAUUGAGUGGACCCGAUGAAGAGAAGAUCAAGGCGUUAUUAGACAGAACUGGCUACACUUUGGAUAUUACCACUGGGCAGAGAAAGUACGGUGGCCCACCGCCUAACUGGGAAGGUCCUCCACCAGGAACAGGCAGCGAGAAAGUUUGCUGCCAGGUUUUUGUUGGCAAGAUUCCGAGGGAUUGCUUUGAAGAUGAGCUUGUACCAGUGUUAGAGGAAAGUGGAAGAAUCUACGACUUUCGACUCAUGGUGGACCCACUGACAGGUCAAAACCGAGGAUAUGGCUUCUGCACGUACUCUGCCAAAGAGGAGGCACAAGAUGCCAUGAAGAAGCUCGACACCAAAGAAAUCAGACCUGGUAGAAGGCUUGGGGUUUGCUUAUCUGUGGCAAACAACCGGUUGUUUGUUGGCUCCAUUCCCAAGACAAAGAAUAAACAAGAGAUCUUUGAAGAGUUCACCAAAGUUACUGCUGGACUGACUGAUGUGAUUGUGUACAUGUCAGCAGAAAACAAAACAAGGAACAGGGGCUUUGCCUUCCUGGAGUAUGAAAGUCACCAGGCAGCAUCUUUGGCUCGUCGUAGGCUGGCUAGUGGAAGGGUGAAAGUCUGGGGUAAUAUCGUAGUGACUGUGGAUUGGGCAGAUCCGCAAGAAGAACCUGAUGCAGAUGUCAUGUCAAAGGUCAAAGUCCUUUAUGUGAGGAAUGUUUCUCCCAGUAUCACUGAGGAUCAGUUGAAAGAAAAGUUUUCAGUGUAUGGCACAGUUGAACGAGUCAAGAAAUUGAAAGAUUAUGCCUUCAUCCAUUUUGUUGAGCGUGAUGAUGCGGUCAAGGCUAUGGAAGAAAUGAACAGUGUUGAACUUGAUGGUCUUGCAAUUGAAGUGUCCUUGGCUAAGCCUCAGCCAGCAAACAAAGAGAAAAGACGUGCUGGGCAGUCUGGAUUUGGUGCCUUGAAUUCAGGUCGGGGAUCCAGGGGUGGACCCCCGCGUGGUGGUCCACCUGGGCGUGGGCGUGGUGGAUAUGGUGGUGGUGAUCGAUAUGGAUAUGAUGGCUAUGAUCGAGGUUAUGGUGAUCAGUAUGAAGGUUAUGGUGGAGGAUAUGGCCCCAGAGACAAUUACAGUGACAGAGGUUAUGGUGACAGUUACUAUGAUGACUAUUAUGGUGGUGGUGGUGGUAGUGGAUAUGGCUAUGAUCGCUACAGUGAAGGCCCAAGGGGUGGUCCUCCCCGCGGUGGACGUGGUGCACCCAGCCGAGGUGGACGUGGCGGUGGUUUCCCAGGAAGGGGUGGCGAUAGAGGGGGAAGAGGAUCAGGCCCACGUGGUGGUCCUCCCCGUGGUGGAAGAGGUGGCCCUCCACCCCGUGGUGGACCCAGAGGCGGAGGUGUUGCUCCAGCAAAAAGGAAGUAUGGUGCAGACUCGCAUCAGGCACCUGUAGAGUACCCCGAGCCAAAGCGUAGGUUCAUGGGGCAGAACCAGUCAGGUGGUUGGGGAAGCCAACCAAUCGCCCAGCAGCCAUUGUACGAUGGUGGAGGGUACGGCAAUCAAGGAUCCAACCAAGAGUGGCACAGUGAUGGUAAUUGGCAGCAGUGGUAAUCGUCGAGAAGAGAAAUUUUGGCUUGUGGUUGAUUUUGAUUUGGCAACUUAUUCUACGGCCUUUCUCUGUUUGUUUUGGCUUUAAGUUUUGAGAUGACUGAAUUUGGUGUUAACAUAUAUCAAGCUAUUUGGCAGGCUGUUGACUUGUUAAGUUGCUGAUUCAGUUUGGAAGACUCAAAUGAUUUUUUUAGUGUGGCACCAAUCUGAAAGAUCUUUUUUAUAUUCAAGUUUAUGCGAUUGGACAUGAAUGUCUUUUAGGAGUUUUAAAGAGCUUUUAGUUUAACGUCAAUAGCUUCAACUUGCGUAGUUGCAUUCAGUUACUUUUAGACAAUCUGGACUGUCUGUACUGAAUAUGAGUUCCAGCUUUUUAUUACUCAGAAAACUUCAUGGCAGUUAGUUUUUAAGUUAAGUGAAACAAUUAACUAGUGUAAGCUAGAAAUGUCAUUUUGGCAGUAACUAUACAUGUUAAUGUGGUUUGGUAUCAAAAGACGACCAAGCAAUUUUGGCUUGCAAAGUCAGUUGAAUCAAAUCAACUUGCAGAACUAAAACUGCUAAUAAAGUAAAUUCAACAAAAUUGCCCAGCAAGAAAAAGCUGGCUAAAAUCCAA